AUGGCAGAGGCCGGCGGCAUCAACACCAAAGAAAACAUCAUCGUCAUCGUCAUUUGUGUCUUCAUCGGCAUUGCUUUCUACAAUGUUCUCGAACUCACUGUCUCGAUCUUUACUUCUUUCAAGAGACGAUCCGGAUUGUAUUUCUGGAGUAUCUUAAUCGCAACAUGGGGCAUAGCUUUUAAUGGCACUGGCUAUCUACUGAGACACCUGUCCUUGACGACGAAGCCCAUCAUCUACGCUACACUCAUUCUCAUCGGCUGGUUAAACUCGGCAAAUCCGGGACCAUUCGAAAACCCUUACCAGAUCUUUGAAAAGAUCCAGCUCACCGUCUUCUUUGUGCAAGAAAUCAUCAUUUCUGCACUAUACGUUUGGGAAACUACCAAACGCCUUCGCCUUAUGAAUAGCAUCGGCGAUGGGCGCGCCAAAAAGGUCAUGAAUCACUUGAUCUGGGUGAAUAUCCUGGUCAUUCUUCUCGACGUUACGAUCCUGGCUCUCGAGUUCACCAAUCUGUACGAUAUCCAGACGGCUUGGAAGCCCCUGGCAUAUAGCAUCAAACUCAAGCUAGAGUUUAGUAUCCUCAACUUGCUCGUCGAAGUCACCCGAGGGGCCUCGAACAACAGCGCCUACGUGCGCAGUCAAGGGAACGGACAAGCUCACGACGUCGCACUCGAGACAUUCAACGGCGAGAGGUCAAAACACUUCGCCAACGCUGAAGAGCCCGAGUAUGAGGACAACUGA